GCGGAGCCGGGCGGGCGGUGGGAGUAGGCGCCUCCGGUUCCUACCUCUGGUCCCGGGGCGGUGGCGGCCCGGCGUCCCGGGAUGGCCUUCAUGGAGAAGCCGCCGGCCGGCAAGGUGCUGCUGGACGACACGGUGCCGCUGACAGCAGCCAUCGAGGCGAGCCAGAGCCUGCAGUCCCACACGGAAUACAUCAUUCGGGUACAGAGAGGAAUUUCUGUAGAAAACAGCUGGCAGAUUGUUAGAAGAUAUAGUGACUUUGAUUUGCUGAACAACAGCUUGCAGAUUUCAGGCCUAAGUCUACCUCUUCCUCCCAAAAAAUUGAUUGGUAACAUGGAUCGUGAGUUCAUAGCUGAGAGGCAGAAAGGUCUUCAGAACUAUCUCAACGUUAUCACCACCAAUCACAUCUUGUCUAACUGUGAGCUGGUUAAGAAGUUUUUAGAUCCCAACAACUAUGCUGCCAACUACACUGAGAUCGCCUUACAACAGGUUUCCAUGUUCUUCCGAUCAGAACCAAAGUGGGAGGUGGUAGAACCAUUGAAAGACAUAGGUUGGAGGAUAAGAAAGAAAUAUUUCUUGAUGAAGAUUAAAAAUCAGCCAAAGGAAUGGCUGGUGUUAAGCUGGGCUGACCUUGGCCCUGACAAGUACCUGUCAGAUAAAGAUUUUCAGUGUCUAAUCAGACUACUUCCUUCCUGCUUGCACCCUUAUGUCUAUCGGGUCACGUUUGCCACGGCUAAUGAAUCCUCAGCGUUGCUAAUUAGGACAUUUAAUGAAAAAGGAACUUUGAAGGACCUGAUCUACAAGGCAAAACCAAAAGACCCAUUCCUAAAGAAGUACUGCAACCCUAAGAAGAUUCAGGGCCUUGAACUCCAGCAAAUAAAAACAUACGGGCGGCAAAUAUUAGAGGUACUAAAGUUUCUACAUGACAAGGGAUUCCCUUAUGGGCAUCUUCAUGCCGCCAAUGUGAUGCUAGAUGGGGACACUUGCCAGCUGCUAGACCUGGAGAAUUCCUUAUUGGGCCUGCCUUCCUUUUACCGAUCCUACUUCUCACAGUUCAGGAAAAUCAACACAUUGGAAAGUGUGGAUGUUCACUGCUUUGGCCACUUACUGUAUGAAAUGACCUAUGGACGACCGCCAGACUCCGUACCUGUGGACUCCUUCCCUCCUGCACCGUCCAUGGCUGUGGUGACCGUGUUGGAGUCCACGCUGUCUUGUGAAGCCUGUAAAAAUGGCAUGCCUACCGUCUCCAAGCUCUUACAGAUGCCAUUAUUCAGUGAUGUUUUACUAACCACUUCUGAAAAGCCACAGUUCAAGAUCCCCACAAAGUUAAAAGAGGCAUUGAGAAUUGCCAAAGAAUGCAUAGAAAAGAGACUAAUGGAAGAACAGAAACAGAUUCAUCAGCACCGAAGACUGACGAGGGCGCAGUCACACCAUGGCUCUGAGGAAGAAAGAAAAAAGAGGAAGAUUUUAGCUCGAAAGAAGUCAAAACGAUCUGCUGUUGAGAACAGUGAAGAACAUUCAGCAAAAUACAGCAAUUCCAAUAAUUCAGCAGGAUCUGGGGCCAGCUCACCUCUCACGUCCCCGUCCUCACCGACUCCACCCUCUACAGCAGCUGCCUUGGGUUUGGGUAAAAGGUGUAGAAGAAGGGACAUCAGCAUUGCCUCCGCCUCCACCGCCACCUCCGCCUGCACCACCAGCAGCUCCCUUGGCUCCAGCGAGCACAGAGGCCCCGGCACAGCUCCCGUCCCAGGCUGUGAAUGGUGUGAGCAGAGGGGCCUUGCUCAGCUCCAUCCAGAAUUUCCAAAAAGGAACUUUGAGGAAAGCCGAAACCUGUGAUCACAGCGCUCCUAAAAUCGGCUGAAGCUUCCUGUUUACACGCAGAGGGAAAAGCUCUUUUUUUCCCUCCCACCCCCAAACCCUAAAGUACCUUCUUCCUGGAUAAUUACUGAGCCAGUACAGCCACAUACUGUUUUGCAGACACUCGUGUAAGAGGCUUUUCAAGAGAGAAAUAUUCAAGUAGAAAAGUCGGGCUGGCGUUGCUGCCUUGAGAUAAGUAUUUUGCUCCUUUGUUCUUUUUACCAUUUUAAGGGAGUCUGGUUCAUUCUCUAAUGGGCAUCUUUUGAGGCAGCAGCAUAUUGGAAUCAAUAUUUCCAGCAACUGAAGGAAAUGGACAAAAACACAGUGACAAUAUUCAGUUACAGCAGUGAAUGGCCUUUGUGUUGCAAUUCUUCCGACCCCAUCAGACAGGUCCUAAGAAACGUUCCUCUCAUAGUUCUUUAUCCUAAAGCAUCUUCUGGUUAUUUCUUAGCUAACUCCCAUUUUUGCUAUUUGAUUUCAUCUUAAAGACGUUAACACUCUAGCCCAUAACAUGGUGAUGUCACUGAGGCCAUUUCCCCCAAUGCAGACUGGGGAAAGCUGGUGGCAUUCUAGCAGGAAGGCCGUGUGGUUGUAGACUCAGGGCUGCUGGAGCAACUACUUUAGACCCGUAGUUUAGUUACAAUGUAUCAAAACAGACAAAAUAGGUUGACAUCAGAAAAAGCUCUUGGCAAUUAGAGGAUCUUCUUUAUCCUCAGCAAUUAAGUUUGGGGUUUGUGGGGGGAUCAUUAUUACAAGUCAAUUUGGCAUUUGUAGAAAUAAGUCCUGAUUUUUGAAAGACUAUACAAAUAUAUCAUCUUUUUAUUGUCACUCACGUAUUGGAAAGAUUCUUUAUCCUAUGAUUUGCUUAAACUCCUAAAUGAAUUGCACUUUAAGGGUUAUAAAUAAUCCAUUUUAAAAUUCAAGUGCACACAUCAGUGUUGGUUACUGUGCAGAGAACGUCACUGUGUAUAGUUUCAUGUAAUCUGUGAUAUACGUUCAGCUGUAUUUUUUAUUAAAAUAAACCACGUCAAGAAAA